GACAUUUUUAGGAAACAAAAAUGCUUACAAUGAUGCAGCCAUACAAGAUUUCCCUGGAGGAACAAGAGCAAGAGCUUUGCGCUUUAUUCCAUUAACAUAUGUUGGUCAACCGUGUGUGAGAAUUGAAAUCUGUGGUGCUAGUAAGUUACUUUUCUUUUCUCGUUAAAGAGGGUAUAAAUCAACAAAUUAAAUUAUUGCUAUUAUUAUGUAAUUGACUGUCAUUACACGUUUACACGCAAAUCAUUUAGGGAUGUUUACUCAAACCUCCGAUACUCCCAGUCUUUGUUCGAUGUGUCCAUAGCACGUGUAUCGUGGCACACAGAGAUGAAAAUGUUAUUUUACAAUAACUCCUUUCGUUCUAGUUCUGUUACCAAAUAAACCUACAAACCUCACGGUCACUAACGUCAAGUCAAGAACUGCUAGGAUAUCUUGGGCGGAUCCUAACAACACAGGAGAUGGAGUUCUUACAGGAUUUCAGAUUCAACUGAAGGAAAACAACUCUCUCAUCCAGAAUAUUACCAAAGAUAAAGACAAUGAAUACGAUUUAGAUAAUCUGACACCAUACACUACAUACAAAAUAUCAGUAGCUGUUCGAAAUAAACAUGGUUUUGGAGAAGAAACUAUUACUUCGUUCAAAACAUCUGAAGAAGGUAAAAUAAAAUAAAAUAGAUAAAAGCGUACACAAUUCAUAGGAUUAUUUGUCAAUCUGCAGGGUGUGAAGCUUUCUUUCAUUUCUUACAAAAUCAGAAGUUGCUUUUCCAUUUUUAGAUAUAGGUUGAUAGACUGUUCCUUGUUUAAUGGUUUGAAAUGUUACAGAACCUUGAUCGUCAAUAUAAUUUAAGAAAGAUUGGUCUGAUGUUUGUUUCAUUUUCAAGCGUCAGCCAGCGUGGCCGGCUCUCCAAGGGAAGUUAACAUGUUGGUUAUGUGGAAUAUUGCAACAACUCUCGCACACAAUGGUGAUAUUAUCGCAGAUCAUGGCUCAGAUUCAGCAGAAUUGUCACGCAUUAUUACCAACCAACCCCCUCCCCACACAUGUGUAUAGCUAAUACAAUAUUUAUUUUACAAAAACAACUUACCAUAUUAUCUCAUUUUAAAUUUUAGCUCCAGAAGGUCCUCCACUGAAUGUCACAGUGAUUGCAGAAAGCUCAUCAUCAUUAUUGGUCACGUGGGAACCUCCUGAAAAAGACAAAAGAAAUGGUAUUAUCGUCAGUUAUACCGUGUGCAUCUCACAUGAAGAAAGUAAACCUUGCUUUAGGGAAUAUACUACAAAGAAAAAGAUGGUAGUCAUCGAAAAUUUGAUUGACUCAACAAAAUAUUAUGCUGGUGUUCUUGCAAGUACCGAAGUUGGUCCUGGACCAUAUAGUGAAAGUAAAGGGAAAUUUACCAAUGCAGGUAGUAUGUGUCGCCUUGGCUAUACACGUAAUGCAAUUUUUAUAAACAUGCAUGAGGCUUGUAGUUUUAUCAUGUUUUACCAAAUCUACAUAUUUUCUUAUAGAACAACCAGAAGUGUCCACAAAUGGAACAGCAUAUACCCUGACUUUCUCCUUGCAGAUUCCUUCACAAAAAUUCACGUAAGUCAAAAACUUUUGAAAAAUGACACAGAAAUAUUGCAUCUCGCGAUAACGACCUGCUCAGGACGUUAAGGCUGUCCUGUGAAUUUACCUUGUGCAUUUUAUCACAUAGAAAUUUAUUUGUAGGCACUUUUACGUCGUGGCUUUGAAAUUAAAAGACGGAAAGAAAGGUCGAUCUCCAGCAAGUUAUGAAAACAACGAGUUAGUGACGUACGCUGAAGCAGAAAAAUCAACCGACUCGAAACCUUAUAUCGCUGCAGUAGUAACAUCAAAGGAUGGAAACAUGUUUAUACUUGGUGAUAGCAGAAAUACAAGUGACCCAACACCACGAAGACGCAGAUCAACCUCGAGUGAUUAUUAUAAUGGUCCGUUGGAACCUGGGACUAGUUACAGUAUUUUUCAAAGGAUUUUUAUUAAUAAUAAGGUAUGGUACUUGUUGGUUAUCACACUUUAGAAGUAAAUAUUUCCUUGUCUAAAGCCUGGUUUACACUAUCAAAGUUUCUAUGAUCACAGUGGGAAGUUGAAGUUUUAAGUUUUGAAGGAUUUGUAAGAACUGUUUGAGGGAACUGACUCAGUGUUAAACACGUAUUUGUACCUGACAGACAAAUAUACUAUCACCUUCAUUACUACAGGGUGACUAUUACUCCACAGAUUGGAGUCCUGCUUCAAAAACGAGCAAAUAUUCAGGUACGUCAUUUAAGAAAAUUCUACUAAUACUUGAGCUAGAUAUCUGCUGUCAUCCCAACGAAAUAUACUAUACUUUUACAGGAAUUGAAAAGUAAAUUUAUGGAGACAGUACAUUAUUACAAUAUUCAAAUGAUUUUGUAUAUUUCUGUUUCCCAGGUGGCCCUCGUGUAUUGACCAAGAUAUCCAGUGGUGACAUAAAGGCAAAGGAAGGUGAUCUUGUCAACCUACUGUGUUCUGCUCAAGGUGAACUUCCACUUACUUUCAGUUGGAAAAAAGACCAGAAGCCACUGCAUAGUUUCACGGAAACUGAAAAGCCUCAUCGCAGUUCUUUACUUGUUGUAACAGUGAAAGACCAGACAAGUUUUGGAAAAUAUAUUUGUCAUAUCCGAGAUCGAUUUAAAAGCACUACUACUCAUACAAUUUCGAUCCAAAAACUUAAAGAUACAG